UCGCGGUCGGUGCCGCACCGUCGGCGGCGUCUCCGCACAGCCGCCGAGGCGCGUGCCUCACGCGUGCGCGCCUUCUCGUGCCGAGAGGCGUGCCGUGUGCGCCUGCUCGAUUUCGGGCAUGCGGUGUCGUUUGACGGGCUUUCUUUUGCUGUUCACUGGCAUCGCUAGUGCCUUUCUUUAACGCUCACCCCGUGCACUCUUCUACGUGCGACGACGUCCUACUAUGCGGCGGCCGUCACCGGCCGCGCUUUCAUAUAAGCGGCUGACCUUCAUCUUACCGGAAACAAAGGCGCGUGCCACUAGCAUUGCUGCUGCAUCUCCCGUUUCGAAGCUCGUGGGUUGCUGUGACUGAACGAGGUAUGCUACCACGCGGCACGUGAGGGAGGGCCUCGUCUCCUCCAAAAGAGACAUCGCCACGUGGAACUGGUGCCGUCGCAGGUUCUGAAGGGAAAAUGAACUACUCGAAUGGGACGGCCGCUCAGUCACCGACGCUGUGUGGAGCGCACUGCGACUUGCCUUCAGCGCCGGUCUUCAAGCACUCGUCCCUCGUGCGAGUAGUCGUACUGUCCGUGAUUGGCGUCCUGUCUCUCGUCGGCAACUCGGCAACGCUGGCUUCGAUAUGGACGCAUCGACGUCGGCCCUCUUCGCUGUACAUGCUGCUCGCCCACCUUUCCGUGGCCGACCUGCUGGUGACGUUCUUCUGCGUGUUAGCAGAAGCCGUCUGGACGUGGACGGUGCAGUGGGUGGCGGGCAACGCGGUCUGCAAACUGGUCAAGUUCCUCCAGAUGUUCGCGCUGUACCUGUCUACUUUCAUUCUGGUGGUGAUUGCGUUUGACCGCUUCGCUGCCGUGCGUUUCCCCAUGCGCCGUGCCAGCGCCCGCCGCACUGCCACUCGCAUGGUGUCUGGCGCGUGGUCUACUGCAGCAUUGCUCAGCUUGCCUCAGGUGUUCAUCUUCCGUGUCCAGCGGGGCCCGUUCGCCGAGGAGUUCUACCAAUGCGUCACGUAUGGCUUCUACUCGGCUCAGUGGCAGGAGCAGCUGUACACCAGCUUGUCACUUGUCUGCAUGUUCCUGCUGCCUCUGGUCACCUUGAUCACCACCUACAUCUGUACAUUCUACACAAUAUCAGGUACAGCGCUUGCUUUCGUUACUGGCAAACAUUCCAGUCCAGACCGCGCCGCCAAAAAGACCGGGCGGAGGCGCGCCGUCGACAAGUCGGAGGUGCGGGCCCCAUCGUCGAUGGAAGAAACCCGACGGCGCCUCCUGCAUCGGGCCAAAAUGAAGUCCCUGAUGAUAACCGUGGUCAUCGUAGCCGCAUUCAUCAUAUGCUGGACGCCCUACUACUGCAUGAUGAUCAUCUUCAUUUUCCUGGAGCCCGACGACCAGCUGACUGAAGAGCUGCAAGCAGGAAUCUUCUUUUUCGGCAGCUCCACGGCCAUGAUUAACCCUCUAAUUUACGGCGUCUUUCACCUGCGGCAUCAGAGACCUUCAAGAGGAUCGCGACAGUUCAACAGUAGCGCCGCUUCUCGCGCAGUCGACCAUUCCACACUGUUACUGGCGGGCUCUCUCAACAAGGCACCUGCCGCCGCAGUUGCCUCCGCGACGGAGCCACGGUGCCAGGACGACUCAGCGAGAAGUGAACGGGAUUGCUUUGCUUGCGAAGCCACUACCGCCUUAGUAGUGGGAAACGGUUGCCUGAAACGGACGGUGUCGCAUUCCGCCUCGGUGAGCCAGCACCGGAAAGAAAAACGGCGAGAAACAGAACCAGCUAAGAGCCACACGGGUUGAUGCACUCCCCAGGUUAUAGUUAAGGCUAGUUGUGUGCGUCCCUGUGUAUGUGCAAAAGAAACAGUUGUCUGUGUAUUCACUUCCUCAGCCAUAAGUGGACGUUUAGUAAGGAAGAUUCAGAGUGAUCAUUCGGAGUAGCAGCGCGACUCUACCUGGGAUGGAGAAUCAGUAUCUGGAGCCCUUUACAGAAGUACUCUGGCCCGAAGAUAAGCAGAGUGCUUGAACAAUGUGUGACCAAAAUCCUGCGUUGAAUGCGGGGUUUAAACAUACAAAGGUUGACACGACGAGUGCGUUGUGCACUCGUCGCGUUUCCUGGUUGUAGUUUUGCAUUGAUUUGGCACGUGCUAUUAGAAACGCUAGUAAUGCGCGAAUAAACAAAACUUGCGAAUAAUAAACGAAAUAUAUUUAUAUUAUGUUCUGUGGCCAAACUUACAGAUAAAUCGUUGC